CCCUUCUCGUCAUGUCAAUCCAACCUUCCCCUAGGAUCGAGGACCACAAGACCAACACGCCCUCCGAUGACGAGAAGCUCCCCGUUGAAGAAAAAGAGGGGGGAACACAGUCCGAGGUUGCCCAAGAUGGUCUAAGGAAGGUCGAGGCCGUCACCGUCGUCUGGAGCAGCAACGCCAUCAAAGCUGCUUAUGGGUGCAUCUACCUCGUUUUCUUCGUCAAUUCCCUGCAACAACAGACGAGUAACAACCUUACCGUAUACGUCACGAGCGCCUUUGCCUCACAUCCACUGGUCGCUACGACAUCCAUCGUAUCGUCCAUCAUUGGGGGCGUCAGCGCGCUCCCCGUCGCUAGGAUGAUGGAUGUGUGGGGUCGUGCUGAAGGCUUUCUCGUGAUGACCGCGAUCGCUACUAUCGGGCUGAUCAUGAUGGCGGCCUGUAAAAACGUCGAGACUUACGCUGCUGCUCAAGUCUUCUACUGGGUGGGAAUGAAUGGCAUGAACGGCGUGCUCGAGAUUUUCAUCGCCGAUACGUCCAAGCUGAAGAACAGAGGUUUGAUGUGGGGGUUUUCAACGACCCCGUUCAUUGCUACCACCUUCGCUGGGCCGGCGAUCGCGGAAAGGUUCCUCGAGUAUGGUUCCUGGAGGUGGUCAUUCGGCGUUUUCGCCAUCAUCACCCCGAUCAUCGCCGUGCCAAUCGCCGGUCUCCUGCUUUGGCACCAGCGAAAGGCGACAAAUCUGAGACUCUUGAGUCUUGAGCGGACUAGGAAGCCACUUGCCGAGUCGCUGAAGCAUUAUCUCGUUGAAUGGGAUGUCUUCGGCAUGAUCCUCGUCUGCGCCGGCUUUUCGCUCUUUCUUCUGCCAUUUAGUCUCGCGACUGCUCAGGCGCGUACAUGGCAGAGCGGCGACAUCAUCGCCAUGAUCGUGAUCGGAGUUCUUCUGCUCGUUGCCUUUGCCUUCUAUGAGAAGUAUUGGUCGCCGAGAUCGUUUAUACCCUUCGCCCUCCUCAAGGACAGGACGGUCGCCGGGGCCUGUAUUCUGUCAGGCCUCUUUUGGUUUAGCUUCUACUGCUGGGAUGGAUAUUUCUAUUCCUACGUCCAGGUUGUCUGGGGCCUCAGUGUCAAGGAUACAGGAUAUGUGAGCAACGCAAACAGCAUUGUCUCCUGCUUCUGGGCGGUCGUCGUCGGAUACAUCAUCCGGCGUACUGGUCGUUUCAAGUACCUGGCGCUCGCCGCCGUUCCGCUCAACAUCCUCGCCGCCGGUCUCAUGAUUUAUUUUCGCCAACCAAGCGUUGCCAUCGGCUACGUCGUCAUGUGCCAAGUCCUCGUCGCACUGGCGGGCGGGACCCUCACCAUCUGCGAGCAGAUCGCCGUCAUGGCUGCAGACUCGGCGAGCCACGGGACGUACGCGGUAUCCAUCGCUCUCCUGACGCUCGCGUCGUACAUUGGAUCCGCGAUCGGCUCUUCGGUGUCCGGCGCGAUCUGGACGAACACGUUUCCGAAGGCGCUACGCGACGCCCUCCCGGUCGACGAGAAAGAUCUGACGGACACCAUCUAUGGCAGCAUCGUCACCCAGCUGUCUUUUCCCCUAGGGACCCCUGAACGGGACGCCAUCAUUGAAGCGUAUGGCGUAGCCCAGAAGCGUAUGUGCAUUGCUGCUGCAGUUUCUCUCGUGGGCGCGUUCGGUGCCGUGCUCAUGUGGCGCGACAUUCGAUUGCACGACAUUGAGGCGAAAGGGAGGGUGGUCUAAGUUGAGUUUAUGUAUUGUGGUGGUAGUGCGCGUCCAUUUUUCUCUCUUGAGUCGUCGGGCUUCUUCAGUUCGC